UUUCCUUAUGAUAUCUAUCCUACUAGCUAUUUGACUAUUGUUUGUAGUCUCUGAUGCGGCUUAAUGGAUUCGAUUUCUGUUCCCAAUCCUAAACCUAAACAAAUGUUUUGCCUGAAAUGGCCAUGGAAUGAAACAAACCCUAACUCUAGUCCUAGUCCCUGCAAGUUUGAGGGUCCUUGGCCAUUGAAGUCUCUCCAAAACCUUGGUUUAAUAGCUUUCAAUUUUGCGAGCUCUGUUUCAGGUUGGAAAAAGAAAACGACUCUCACACAAUCGGAGGCAGAGCAGAGGGCAUUUGCUUCGGCUCUGGCAAGCGCCAAGGAGGCGACUUUGGUGGAAUUCUACUCACCCAAGUGCAGGCUCUGUAAUUCCCUGCUCAAAUUUGUUUCCGAAGUCGAAACCCGGAACUCUCACUGGCUCAAUAUUGUCAUGGCUGAUGCUGAGAAUCCCAAUUGGCUACCUGAGCUCCUUCAUUAUGAUGUUAGCUAUGUUCCUUGUUUUGUGCUUCUCGACCACAAUGGCAAGGCCCUGGCAAAGACAGGUGUCCCAAGUAGUCGUUUACACGUUAUUGCAGGAAUCUCCCAUCUUCUCAAAAUGAAGCGCCCUCAACAAAAAUGAAAAUGACGGAUUAUGAGUAAGUGCACGGAAACCCAGAUUUGUUUAUUGAUGUAGAUGGCUUGAAUUACAUUUUAUACAAACAGUUUAUUAUCCUUCUUCCUUUCUCAUCUCCUAUUUUUAUUUUUUAUUUCCUCUGUCCAUGUUUCUGGCGCAUAGUUUAGAACAGUGAACUUGAAUAAUCUACCUUAAAUCCCUUGUCACUUGUCAAAUAUUUUAUUAGCGAACUAUAUUCGGUUCAAAAAGGAAAAAUAGACAACAAUUAUUUUGUUUUA